GGAGCGAGAGCGGUUUGGGUUGCCAUGGGAAUCUUCGCGCCAGUUUGAGGCAGCGUCCGCGAUGUGCGCUUGGCGUGAAGAGGCAGAGAGCGGAUUAAGUGGCGAGGAGAGUCGCAGGAAGCGGUGGGUUAAAGCAUUUGAGGCAUGUGAUGAAGACAACAAAGGAUAUUUAAACAGAGAGGACUACAAGGUUGCAGUAGUGAUGCUGUUUGGCUAUAAGCCCUCAAAGGUGGAAGUGGAUUCAGUUAUGGCUUCUGUGAAGCAAAAUCAAUCUGGUGUAUCACUUGAAGAAUUUCUAAAUCUUAUGAGGACAAAGAAGGCUUCACAUUUUUACCAAAGCGAAGUUAGGCAGCUAUUCACUGCUUUUGACAGGCAAUGUAAAGGAUAUUUGUCUUUAGAAGAUUUCAGAAAAGCUUUCAGUGUUGUGGCCCCAAAGCUGCCAGAGAGGACUGUAGUUGAAGCAUUCAGAUGCCUUGUUCAUGUCACAGUUUUAGCCCAUGUGGCUUCAGGAUUGUGUCCAAUGCUGUGUAAGUGGGUUUCUGCUUGUGCAGCAGAAUGCCCUUUCCUCUCCUCUCCCCAAAAUAAAACCACUCCGGAUGGUCCCCCAAUAGGAAGAUUUUGAAUGCACACAGGGGGCUGUAGGCAGCAGGAGAGUAAGGGGAAUUUCUGUUGUACACAUGGAAGCCUGUUGCUCGGAUGGCACUACAUCAUGGGAUGCAACCCUCAGUUCUUUUUAAUCAAGUACUGUAGUAACUUAUCCAUCAACAAUUUCAUUUCAAUUAAUGCUGCAUGAAUGAAAUGUCCAUUGUGUGCAAUCAUAUCCCUUUAUUACCAAGUUAUUAAAGUAACAGCCCUUAUGCAUUUUGCUCAGAACUUGAGAAGUUAAUGGGCUUAAAGAAGGUUGCAGAAUAUGAGAUAGAAACAGUUACGUUCUUGAGUACUGUAGUAUGGAAAGCUAGAGCAAUAAGAGAAAAGUCUUCAUUCAGUGCUUUUGUCUGCAAGGUACAAUAAUAACCUUGAGAUCAAAAUUUAUUUAUAGUAUUAAUAGAAUGAAAUGUCUUGGGGACAAUACUGUGAAUAACUUUGCAGACGCACCAUUCAGAGAGUGUGAGAACAUUAAAUUGAUAUCCAGGUCUACUCAUUUCUUCACAAAAGUUUUUUUUUUUUAUGGAAGAAAUAUUAAGUGCAUUGUUUUGUGGGAUGGGGUAGACAGAACCAAAAUCUGUAGACUUGGUGAAUAUUCAGUGAGAGCUCCACUACCCAAUAUAAUAUUACGUUCAGGUGGUGCAAGCCACCUUCUUCUUUUCUCCCACCUUCUGUGUCUUGUCUCCUGCUCUAGACAAUCCCACAAAAGCAUUUAUAACCCAGUGCUUUGUCUCAGUCCCAUUGGGGCUUUGCCCACAUAUAACUGCACAUAGAAUUGAAUGUGGGUGAAAGGAAGAGAAGCCCACUGGGGAACAUAUACACACAUAUGUUCCUUAGCAGAUAUGACUUUCUUUGCAAUGAAUUUGAUUUAUCAUGCACCUACUACCUCUAUAAGGACCCAGGUGGCGCUGUGGGUUAAACCACAGAGUCUAGGGCUUGCUGAUCAGAAGGUCGACGGUUUGAAUCCCUGCAACGGGGACCGUUGCUCGGUCCCAGCUCCUGCCCACCUAGCAGUUCAAAAGCACAUCAAAGUGCAAGUAGAUAAAUAGGGACCGCUCUGUCGGGAAGGUAAACAGCGUUUCUGUGCACUGCUCUGGUUCGGCAGAA